CUCCUUAAAGAGGAACACUGCUUUACGUGGCAAGAAGUCCGGACGUGACAUCUUCAUCUGAGGAAUUUAACUCUUCUGCCCACCUUUUAAUAAAGCGUCUAUCUCAAUCAGCCGGAGGUGACUUGAGUGUCUCCGGUGGCAUGUGGAGCAUGUGGCGGCUUUUAUGGGCUGCGUUUCUUCCAGCCAUCAUCUUGGCUUAUGAAGUGGACUGGAAGAAGCUGGACGGUCUCGCCAGGGCAAAAGUGGAGAGCUGUGGAGGAUGACAGCUGAACAGACUGAGGGAGGUCAAGGCCUUCGUGACCCAAGACAUCCCUCUGUAUCACAACUUGGUGAUGAAGCACAUCCCUGGUGCAGACCCUGAGCUCGUCCUCCUGAAUCACUAUUACGAGGAGCUGGAUCGCAUCCCGCUGACACACAUGAGCCGUAACGACAUCAACAACCUUCUGGCCGAGUUGGGCUUCUAUAAAAAAGUACAAGCAGAAGAUGAAGUGCCGGAAGAGUUUCGCUUCUCCCCUGCUAAAGAUAGCCCCUUCAACGAGUAUCACAGUAAAACAGCGAGCAGCGAUCAAUCCCAGGAGCCGCAGCCUGAGAAAGAGUCACCACACGGAGAUUUAUAGUCUUUAUACACGAAAACAUCAUUAGACUGGAUAUCUUUUCCCCCAGCCUGUGUGUUUGUGUGUGGUGCUUUUUCAGUAUGGAUGUAUAUACAGCUGCUGUUACAGAGUCCACUUUCUGCCCAGUUAAGAACUGAAUGAUGCCCCAAACUGUAAAAUCAGCUGAUUGGUUUUGGGCUGAUGAUCUGCGCUCUUACUGGUGUAAAAUGUUGGUCUCCAUAACAGUGCUAUAAUGCAUAAUAUGACAAAUAAAUAAAUAUUUUUAACUGGAA